AUGGCCGUCUUCAUGAUUAACAUCUGUAAAUUCAACGGCUGUGGCAUAACUUUUCCACGCCUGGCAGACCUAAUAGAGCAUAUCGAAGAUGUUCAUAUUGAUUACGAUCCUGCAGUUGUGGAGCAAAAAGAAGCUUCUCAGCCGUCAUGCAUUCCAUUAAGUUACGUUUUAAAAUUUUUCACGGAAGCUUCGCGCCGGGAAUUUCAAAUGACGCCGGUGGCGGAAGCCCGCAAGCGCCUCCUCUCGGCACCAAAGACACCAUCAGUGCGCAGCAGUACACCAACAGGCAGUGAAAUGGACGACGAGGAGGUGAUGAGUCCGUCUGAAGAUAGCAACGAUUCCUGGACCAACGUUGAAGAGUACAGCUCUGAGUACAUUCUACAGUAUGGAGUGAAGAUGAACGCAAGUGCAAGCUCUGGUGCGUUAGGUCCGGCCGCGCAAGAGAAACCAUUUGCUUGCCCAGUACCGGGAUGCAAGAAACGUUAUAAGAACGUCAAUGGUAUCAAAUAUCACUCCAAGAAUGGACAUAAGAAAGACGGCAAGGUAAGAAAGGCGUACAAGUGCCACUGCGGCAAAAGCUACAAAACGGCGCAAGGCCUUAAAACCCACUCGAUAUGCCAUCACGUGAGUCCUUCUACCUCAACCAAUGACAGAGUUCACGUCAAAAUGCCGGGCUUAGUCGUCACAGCCUCACCCGCCCAAAGACAACUCAAUAUCAUAGAUAACAUAGACACAAACAAAUUGGUACGCAUCUACGACAGUAUUAAAACAAAAGAUCUACCCUCAUUCACGAUUCCGAAACAGAAUUUAACAAAUUUAAAUAUUAUCAACCACAACCACAUACGGCAUUCGGUUCUUCUUACACCAAAUGCGGAAAAAAUAAAGUUUGAGAGGAAACCUCAGCCGAAAGUGACGGUCACCUCUCAAGAUUCUUUUAACGAAAUCUCUUUGAGUAACGAACGCCGGGCUUAG